UUCAGGUACAGUAUAAAACAAUACAAUUUAUUAAAGGCUAAACAAUACAUAAACGCAGUGCAAGGCUAAACACAGUGCAAACAAACCAAACCUCCAACAGAUAAUAAUAUGUACAACAUCAAACGUAGUCAGGCGGGCCGGGUCGGUAGCAAACGGGCAGGCAAGGUACAAGGAGCAGGCGGAAGAGUGGUCAGGAAUAGCCGAGGUCGGUACAGGCAGAGUUCCAAGUCAGGAUCAGGCAGGAAGCAGACAGGAUGCAGGUACAGGGGCUCAUGGGAACAAGACACCAAGGCACUGACUGCAGGCCCAGCC